UUGUGAUUGAGUUCCACACGGAAAAAAAAAUGGCGGAGCGAACGCCAGGAGGCUCUCAAAAGGCUAGUGCUAAGGCGCUGCUGGAAAGCAAACUAAAGUCUUUCAGCAUCGGCAAAAUGUCCGUGGCCAAGAGAACCCUCAGCAAGAAGGAGCAGGAUGAGAUCAAGAAGAAAGAGGAUGAGCGUGCAGCGGCGGAGAUCUACGAGGAGUUCCUUGCUGCCUUUGAAGGCGGCAGCGAGGGGAAGAUCAAAGCUUUUGUCCGUGGUGGGAUUGCAAAUGCCACAAAAGAAGAGACAGCAACAGAUGAGAAGAGAGGCAAACUGUACAAGCCCAAGUCACGCUUUGAUUCCCAAUCCAAAAGCAUCCUACCCCUGGAAACCCCACCUCAGUUUUCAACAGUAGACAAACGCCAUUCUGCCAAGAAGACAAACGAAAAGGAAAAGAAGAAGAGCAACCUGGAGCUUUUCAAGGAAGAGCUUAAGCAAAUUCAGGAGGAGAGGGACGAAAGACACAAGAUGAAGGGGCGAGUUAGUCGUUUUGAACCUCUAGGCGGCGUGGAGGGAAGACGUUCAUUUUUGGAUGACUGUGCACCCGGUUCGCAUGACGUCGGCGACCCAUCCACCACUAACUUGUAUCUGGGAAACAUCAAUCCUCAGAUGAACGAGGAGAUGCUGUGUCAAGAGUUUGGCCGCUACGGACCACUGGCCAGUGUGAAGAUCAUGUGGCCAAGGACGGACGAGGAGAGGGCACGGGAGAGGAACUGUGGCUUUGUGGCCUUCAUGAACAGGAGGGAUGCCGAGCGGGCCCUCAAAAAUCUUAAUGGAAAGAGUAUCAUGAACUUUGAGAUGAAACUUGGAUGGGGCAAAGGCGUGCCCAUUCCACCCCACCCCAUCUACAUCCCUCCAUCCAUGAUGGAGCACACCCUCCCGCCACCUCCCUCGGGCCUCCCCUUCAACGCACAGCCCCGCGAGAGGCUCAAGAACCCCAAUGCCCCCCUGGUCCCUCCACCCAAAAACAAGGAGGACUUUGAGAAGACUCUGUCGCAAGCCAUAGUCAAAGUGGUUAUCCCAACAGAAAGGAAUUUGCUCUCUCUCAUCCACCGAAUGAUCGAGUUUGUGGUGCGUGAAGGCCCCAUGUUUGAAGCCAUGAUCAUGAACCGGGAAAUCAACAACCCCAUGUACAGGUUUCUGUUUGAGAACCAGAGCCCAGCGCAUGUUUACUACAGGUGGAAGCUCUACACCAUACUGCAGGGCGAAGCACCAGUCAAAUGGCGAACAGAUGACUUUAGGAUGUUCAAGAACGGCUCUCUUUGGCGCCCGCCACCACUCAAUCCCUACCUCCAUGGUCCGUACGACGACGGCGAAGAGGAGGAGGAAGAGGAGGACUCUCUCAAGAAAGGCUGCUUGAAAGAAGAUGAGCGAGACAAGCUAGAGGAGAUGCUUCGUGGCUUGACACCCAGAAGGGGCGACAUCGCCGAGGCCAUGUUGUUUUGUCUCACUCACGCCGAAGCCGCUGAAGAGAUCGUGGAAUGUGUCACGGAGUCCCUUUCCAUCCUUAAGACCCCUCUCCCAAAGAAGAUUGCACGGUUAUAUCUGGUGUCUGACGUGCUGUACAACUCCUCCGCCAAAGUAACCAACGCCUCCUACUACAGAAAAUAUUUUGAAGUGAAGCUCUGCCAGAUUUUUGCAGACCUCAACGCCACGUAUAAAACCACCCAAGGUCACCUGCAGAGUGAAAACUUUAAGCAACGUGUGAUGUCAUGCUUCCGAGCAUGGGAGGACUGGGCCGUGUAUCCAGACCCCUUCCUCAUCAAGUUGCAGAACAUAUUCCUGGGUCUCGUGAACCUGGCGUCCGAAAAGGAGCCUGUCGGAAUUCCUGUUGAGCCCGAGCCCACAGAAGACAUCGACGGCGCGCCAAUAGGAGAGUAUGUGGACGGCUCGCCGAUCGAAGACAUGGACGGGCUGCCCAUCGAUGCGGGGCCCAACGACGGGGCCAUGAUCGAUGGAGCCCCCCUGGAUGACUUAGAUGGCGUUCCCAUCAAGCCCGUGGAGGAGGACAUCGAUGGGAUACCUUUCGACCAGUCCAAGGAGACCACUUUCAAGGUGGCGCCCUCAAAAUGGGAAGCCGUGGACGAGUCGGAGCUGGCAUCUCAAGCUGUGACCACCUCGAAAUGGGAAGCAUUUGAGCAGCCUGAAGAACCGAAAAGGUAUGCGGAGAACAGCGACGACGAGAAGAGCCCCCGCACGGCAACUGCCACCCCGAGCUACUCCAACCCCGUCAGGGACGACACGGACCUGAAGGCUAAAUUGUCCGAAAUGAACGAGGAGAAGCGAACCAAGCUACGAGAGAUAGAGGUGAAAGUCAUGAAGUUCCAAGAUGAGCUGGAAUCGGGUAAGAGGCCCAAGAAACCUGGUCAGAGCUUUCAGGAGCAGGUGGAACAUUACAGGGACAAACUACUGCAGAAGGAGAAGGAGAAGGAGAAACUGGAGCGGGAGAAAGAACGAGAGAAGAAGGACAAAGAGAAAGCGGACGCAAGGCUGAAAGAUUUGAAGAAGGAGAAGGAAGACACGCCGACCAGGAAAGACAAAUACUCGUCCCCGGCUGUCGAGAGGAAGCGGCGGCACAGCGCCUCCCCCAGCCCCACGCGUGGCAGCGGUAGCGGAAGACGGGGCCGUUCUCCGUCCCCUCGCUCGGAGCGGUCCGAGCGAUCAUACUCUAAGGACACAUCCUUGCGCCCCUCUCACAAGGACUCUCCACGCUCCGUUGUCAAGAAGUCCUCAAAGAGAUCUCCGUCAUCCCCUCGCACUCCCAAGCGGUCGCGGCGGUCGCGUUCCCGGACACCCAAGAAGUCGACCAAGAAAUCCCGCUCCAAGUCCAGGUCACCGCACAGCCGAUCUCACAAAAAGUCCAAGAAGAGCAAACACUGACGCCGACGACUACCUUUAAAAUCACCGCCACCACGUCGCAUUGUAGUAUAACGGAGCUGAUGGGGCUGUUAUAAUGUAAAGACAAUGAAAUGUGCAUGGGUGGGCGGGGUUCUCAUUGCUGUUUUAUAUUGUACAAAAAUGUGCUUGUGCUUGUCCACCUCCCCCAAACUCCUCUCAGUGGAACUUAUUGAGUGUGAUGACAAUAGUCCGCCUUUCAUUCAUGCUGUCCUUUUCUGUUUUUGUAGUUCUCAUUGAAAAUAAUUCCUAAUAAAAGUUUCAUUUCUAAUCUGU